GCUUCAGGUGGAGUUAUGCAGGGUGUGGUUCAGAUGUGUGCACGCCCACACUCACGCGCAGCGUUUAUGAGAGUGUUUUCCUCCCCUCUCUCUCUCCACCGGGUUUCUCUCACGACCGCGUCUCUCUCUCUCCCCGUCCGCUCACCGAGCUUCAUCGGGCGCCUGCAGCUCAGCGAUCUCCUUCCUGUUGGAAAUCCACCAAAGACGCUAAAGAUGGCCUUCAGAGGAACCGUUAAAGCCAGUGCUAACUUCAAAGCCAGUGCAGAUGCCGAGGUCCUGCACAAGGCCAUGAAAGGACUCGGGACUGAUGAGGCCGCCAUCCUGCAGCUGCUGACUGCUCGCAGCAACGCCCAGAGGCAGGAGAUCAAGGCCAGCUACAAGACCCUGUUUGGAAAGGAUCUGGUGCAUGACCUGAAGGGAGAGCUGGGUGGGAAGUUUGAGACGCUGGUUGUGGCUCUUAUGACUCCACCUCUUACUUACGAUGUGACAUCACUUCACCAUGCCAUCAAGGGGGCAGGAACAGAUGAGAAGGUGCUGGUGGAGAUUCUCGCCUCCAGAACACCUCAGCAGGUGAAGGACAUCAUCGCUGCUUACAAAACUGAGUAUGACCACGACCUGGAGAAGGAUAUAUGCGGUGACACUUCAGGUCACUUCCAGAGGCUUCUGGUUAUUCUGCUACAGGCAAGCAGACAGACUGGUAUUCAGGAGGCAAACAUUGAGAGUGAUGCUCAGGCCCUGUUUAAGGCCGGCGAGCAGAAGUAUGGGACUGAUGAACAAUCGUUCAUCACCAUCCUGGGCAACCGGAGCGCCGAACAUCUGAGGAAAGUGUUCGAUGCUUACACGAAGCUGUCUGGAUAUGAGAUGGAGGAGAGCAUCAAGAGGGAAACUUCUGGAAGCCUGAGAGCCCUGCUUCUCGCCGUAGUGAAAUGUGCCAGGAGCGUUCCAUCCUAUUUUGCAGAGACCCUGUACUACGCCAUGAAGGGUGCAGGAACGGAUGACGACACCCUGAUCAGGGUGAUGGUGACCCGUUGUGAGGUGGACAUGUUGGAUAUCAGAGCUGCAUUCAGAAGGAUGUUUGCUUGCUCCCUGCAUUCAAUGAUCAAGGGGGAUACUAACGGCGACUACCGGAAGACUUUACUGUUGCUCUGCGGGGGAGAUGAUGCGUAACCGUGGCAACGACCCUUCUGAAGUGCCACCUUUUAUAUCAAGUUUUAUUUGUAUUUGGAAAAAAAAGAGUCAAAACCUCUGAGUUUUUAAAAGGUAGCUAACAUUUUAUCCUAAUUCUUGCAGCUUUUUAGUCCACUAAUAACUUCACUCUACCUGGUGUCGUAUCAUUUAUUUGUAAUGUUAACAUUUUGUUUGCACUUUGGCAGAACCAGUAAAUGCAUAAAUAAAUGUUUCUAUUAAUGAAGGUC